AUGGGGUUGAGGGCGUUUGGGAUGCGAGACGGGUUGGGGGCGAGGAGGGCGGAGGGAGAGGGAGAAGAGGAGCAGGGUGGGGAGGCGAUGGAUACGAGUUAG